AAAAUGGAGGCUCGUCCAUAACACAUUUUUUUAUAAUUUAAGGUUUCAUAAAGUUCAUUAGUAUCACCCUGAUCAUAGUAAAAAGCGUAAUGUGUAACUUAUUAAUGUAAAAAAUACUGUAGUGGUCAUGGUUACAGCAGAUGAACAUACUGAAAACAAGGAAACCAGAAAAGCGUGUUUCUUUUACGUCAUUGUCAGUAAAUAUGUAGACUAAGGGCUAUAGAUACAAGCUGUAGAGAGAUUCUCCUCCUCGAAAUCACGACUGAAAUAUACCUGUAUGAUUUGCUUUCACAAUGAAAGCGCAGCAUUUUGUAGUAGUUUUAUUGCUGGUAUCUAAUAUAACAUUAUCUUCAGGUUUUCUGGAUGUGUUCGUGGCUGCUGCAUCUGUGGUUUACACAUAUUUUGAACGGGAUGACUUGCUGCCUUUUGAUUCAAAACGUUUGAAGGAAGAUUUAAGAGAAAACUUAUUUGGACAGCACAUUGCAUCCAAUGUUAUACAAAGAGCUGUGUCGUCAUUUAUGACUGACAGAAACCCAAAUAAACCGCUGGUCCUCUCUUUCCAUGGGACUACAGGAACUGGAAAAAAUCAUGCUGUCAAAAUCAUCGCAAGAAAUGUAUAUGAAAAAGGGGAAAACAGCAAGCAUGUUCACACAUUUAAACCUGGUCAUCAUUUCCCACAUGAAAAAAAGUUACACUUGUACAGUGCACAGCUAAAGCAGCAGAUUCAUGAAAGUGUAUCACGUUUUCCCCGCUCCAUGUUUAUAUUUGAUGAUAUGGACAAAAUGCAACCACAGCUGAUCGAUGCCAUAAAACCUUUUCUAGACUACAAUGCCCGUGUAGAUGGAGUGUCAUUCCACAAGGCAAUCUUCUUAUUUCUCAGUAAUGCAGGUGGGAAUGUGAUUACUGAAGUGACUCUGGAUUUCUGGAGAGAAGGCAUUCCUCGGGAAAACUUAUGGAUGGACAGCAAGGAACUGGAGACUAAAAUCUCUGAAAACAUCUUCAAUGAUAAGAACAGUGGAUUUUCGUACUCUAGUAUCAGAGAUGAGCAUCUGGUUGAUCAUUAUAUUCCUUUCCUACCUCUGGAGCUGAAGCAUGUGCGUCAAUGUGUCCUGGUUGAGAUGGCCCAUAUGAGCAUCACCCAAGACUCUGAUCUGGCAGAUCAAGUGGCCGGAGACAUGCCUUACUUCCCUGAAGAAGAGAAAGUAUUUGCUGUUAAAGGCUGCAAGUCUGUCAGACAUAAGUUGUCACUGUCUAUUUAUUUCUAGCGGCAAGUUGUAUAGCAAGUUGUCCAGUUAGGCACACAACUGAACAGCAAUGAACAUACACUACUCCUUUGUUUUUAUGAGUUACACUGAUAUCUGGACUAUUCUGCUUUUUGAGAAGUUAAGAUUGUCUCAGUAUUAAACAUUUUAAUCUAG